AUGCAUCUAUUAUCUUCUUUUGAUGCAAAUAUUGCUAAAAGGAUUUUUCAGAUGGCAUUCAAAGAAUUUAUUCUUGAAUAUUAAAUAGAGAGAAAUUCUGAAAAAAGAAAGCAAUCGUUAUUUCAGUUACUCGUUAAAUCUAAUAUGCUAUCUAAUGUGAAAAAAGGGUAUUUUAAAUGACAGAGUGUUAAUAACUCAAGGCUAAUAUUAAAAUAUUAAAUCGAGUUUAUAUAUGAUCAAUGAAGGGUUAGUAUAAUAAUUAAAAAACAGUUAGUAAGCAAAAAAAAAUAGGUAGUGAAUUCGACAUUCUUUAAAAAAAAGAUAAUCUAAAAUUUAGUUGCCAAUAUGUUAGUUGGAAAUGAAGCUGAUUAACAGUAGUUGAUAACUUUAAGAAUGUAUUUUAGAUAUUAUUAAUAUUGGAAUGUAAUAAUAAUUCUUUUUGUUCUUGAUCUGACUUUCGAAUAAAUUAUUAUAAAAGAAUUUUUUCAAUUUUUCAAGAAUAUCAAUAAGAAAAUGAUUUUGAUACUGCAAAUUAGACAUUAGGAAUGCUUACUUUAGGACUGUUUCUUUGAAAUUUAAUAAAAUAUUCUUUGA